AUGGCUGUUGGAACAAAACUAACUCUUGCUGAUAGUAAUCCCUAUGAAAAUGUUGCACUUUACAAGAGCACAAUAGGAGCUUUGCAAUACUUAAUCUUGUCAAGACUAGACAUUGCUUUCAGUGUAAACAAAUUAAGUCAAUUCCUCAAAGCUCUCAUACAGCAACACUGGCAGGCUUGUAAACGACUACUUCGGUAUCUCAAAGGAACUCUAAACUUUGGCUUGCACUUCACUAAAAGUAAUAGACUUAAUCUAGAAUGCUACACCGAUGUCGAUUGGGUUGGUAGCCUUGAAGAUAGAAGAUCAACCAACAGUUGUUGUGUCUUCCUAGGUUCUAACCUGAUUCAAUGGACUUUUAGGAAGCAAAAAGUUGUUGCAUUAUCUUUCACUGAAGUUGAUAGAGAGCUCUUGCUCAAGCGGCUACAGAGUUGGCAUGUCAUUUGGUGUGACAACCAAAGUGCUGGCUCACUUGCAUCCAAUCUUGUUUUUCAUGGGAGAAUAAAACAUAUUGAGCUUGAUACUCAUUAUGUAAGAGAACAAGUUACUUCCAACAAUCUUAAAGUUCAAUAUGUGCCAACCGAGUAUCAAAAAGCUGAUAUCUUUACUAAGGCUUUAUCAGUCUCCAAAUUUGUUGAACUAAGAGAUAAACUCACUGUAAAAGCCUCAGCCUCUACUCCUGUUCAAUAA